AUGCGUAGCUCUUCGAUCGGUGCUAGCGCUAAGCCCGUAGAGAGGCUCUUUCAUCAAUUCGUGGUCACUCCCCAGGUCUUCUACGAGACGGCCUUGUCCUUCGCCUUCGUCAAUAUCAAGCCUCUCCUUCCGGGACAUGUGCUAGUCUCCCCUCACCGAGUCGUUCCUCGGCUUUCCGACCUCACGCCUACUGAAACAGCUGAUCUCUUCAUCACAGUUCAACGCGUUGGAAGGCUUCUUGAACGAGUCUACUCCGCAUCAGCUCUAAAUAUACCUUUACAGGACGGAUUUGAUGCAGGUCAGAGUGUCCCACACGUACAUGUACAUAUCCUCCCCAGGAAGCCGUCCGAUCUAGAUCACGAGGGUGGGCCUGACGCUAUCUACGACCGGCUAGAAAGAGCUGAUGGUGAUCUUGAGCAGCAGUUUCAACGUCUUAGACCAAAGCAGCCAAAGGUCGAUGAGGACUCCAUGGAACCAAGAAGUGAUGAAGUCAUGAAACAAGAAGCAGAAAUGUUGAGGUUGGAGAUGGCGAAAGACCUGGGACCUAACCACGGUAGCCCGCGCGAUUGA